UCUUUUCUGUCCAUUUUGCAUGACAUGACUCAACAACAGAUAUGUGGACUCUCUCUCUCUUUUUCUCUUUCUCUGUCCCUCUCUCUCUCCCCCCCCAGUUUCCCAACAUUAUGAGACAGAAGUCUCUAGAGAAUGCUGUUUGAACUCAGUAGUUGAUUCUUCUAAGUCACGAAUCCUAUAUCGGGAUAUCGCUAACAUUUAUCAUUUUCUGUUUACAAUCGAAAACUAAUGGUGUCAAUUAUAACAUUGAAAACGGUUUCCCUGCUUGUUUUGGUCUGCGCAGUUAUCCUUUGCCUUGUCAUAUGUCCUCUAAGGAUAUAUUUUCGAGGUGAGUCACGGGCUCCCAAUGGUUGAUAGAUGAUAGCAGGAUUAUUUAUUUUGUUCUUGGUUAUGUUGAUAUUACUGCUAGUGUGUACGUAGGUGUCUGCUUCCGUAUCUUACCAGGUUAAAACGCUUUGAGUUUUUUUUAUGUUUGGGUAUUGCAGUUUAUUGUAGAUACUGAAAGUGGCGCUGUUGACCAUGUUAGAUGGAAGGCAAGUUCACAUGAAAUACAUUUCUCCUCCCUGCAUUGACGCGGGCACGUAACACGGUGUAGACCAGGACACAAUGGUGUGGAUUAUGUUUUGCCGGUAGUGGUUACCUUGUAUCUACCAUCUGUUUCGGUUUCCUUGUGUUUUAUGCAAUUAUUUACUGAUUUUCUGGAUGUAUUUUAUUAGUUUACUGGUUACUUAAGAAGAAAAUGCUGAACAAAGGAUUACCGGCAGCUUGCCUGAUGCUCAUCCUUUUUCUGUUUGCUAUGGCGCACGGUGUGAAAGGAGACGUAAGCUUCUCUGUGCUGGAGGAGAUGAAACGAGGAUAUGUUAUAGGAAAUAUUGGAAAAGAUCUCGGACUAAAUGUGAAGGAAUUAUCUGCUAGGAAGGCUCGAAUUGACGCUGAAGGUAAUCGUAAACGUUUCUGCAAUAUUAAUUUAGGUACGGGAGAACUGACCGUCGCUGAAAUAAUGGACAGAGAGACCCUCUGUAGGGAAAAACUCUCAUGCGUUUUGAAAUUCGAGCUAGUGCUAGAAAAUCCAUUGGAGCUUCAUAAAAUUACGUUGCAUAUUCAAGAUAUCAACGACAAUUCUCCAGCCUUCCCCAAAGAAGUCAUUAAAUUAGAGAUAAGUGAAAACGCAGAUAAAGGGGCACGUUUUCGUUUGAGUGGGGCACGCGAUUCAGACACUGGUCAAAACGCGGUGCAGAGCUAUAUGCUAGAAAGGAAUGAGCAUUUUAUGUUGGCUGUCUCUUCAAACAAAGACGGUAGGAAGAGUCUUGAGUUAGUUUUGGAUAAAGAGCUAGACCGUGAGCAGCAGCAGGAGAUAACUUUAAUUCUUACUGCCGUUGAUGGUGGUAUUCCACCUAGAUCAGGCAGUGUACAGAUACACGUCACUGUACUGGAUGCAAAUGACAAUACUCCACUGUUUACUCAAGAGGUUUAUCGAGCUACUUUGCCAGAGAAUUCUCCCGUAGGGACGUUAGUUUUAAAAGUUAGUGCAACUGAUUCAGACGAAGGAAUCAAUGGAGAAGUGACGUAUGAGUUUAGCCAAGUAUCUACAUUAGCAGAACAGGCAUUUACACUGGAUUCUAAAACUGGUGAGAUUAAAGUAAAUGGACCAAUAGAUUUUGAAGAAGAAUCAGUAUAUGAAAUACAAGUUGAAGGGAAAGAUGGAUUUGGUCUGUCCUCAGAUACGAAAGUCAUUAUUGAGCUUACGGAUGUGAACGAUAAUAUCCCGGAAAUAUUUCUUAAAUCACUGAAUAGCCACAUUUCCGAGGACGCACCCCCCGGGACAGAAAUUGGUAUUAUUAAUGUCCAAGAUCGAGAUUCAGAAAGUAACGGAGAGGUUCUCUGUGUCAUCGGGUCAAAUGUGCCCUUUAAACUUGUCCCAUCCAUUAAAAAAUAUUAUUCUCUUAUGACCACUGGUGAACUAGACCGUGAAGUUGAAACUGAUUACAAUAUUACAAUUACUGCUACUGAUCAAGGCACUCCAUCACUGGCAUCCUCUAAAACAGUGUAUCUAAUGGUGGCUGAUGUUAACGACAAUCCGCCUGCUUUCCGGCAACAAUCAUAUAGUGCACAUAUUACAGAAAAUAACAAACCAGGAUCCUCCAUAUGCUCCGUGUCUGCCACAGACCCAGACUGGAGACAGAAUGGUACAGUGAAUUACGCACUGUAUCCUGGCGAUGUAGACGACACUCCAGUCUCAUCUCUUUUAUCUAUUAAUGGAGAUACAGGUGCUAUUCUAGCUGUAAGGUCAUUUGAUUAUGAGAAGUUAAAAAGUUUCAAAGUCCAAAUCAUUGCCCGUGAUAACGGGUCUCCUCCGCUCAGCAGCAAUGUUACUGUAAGCGUCUCUGUUGCAGAUGAGAACGAUAACACCCCGCAGAUUUUAUACCCAGCUCCUGAGGGAAACUCUCUCAUGACGGAGAUGGUGCCUAAAGCUGUGCAGGCUAACUCUUUGGUCUCCAAGGUUAUUGCCGUGGAUGCAGAUUCAGGCCAGAAUUCAUGGCUUUCAUAUCACAUUGUUAAAGCGACUGAUGCAGGACUUUUCACCAUUGGAACCCACAGUGGAGAAAUCAGGACGCAGAGAGACAUUUCUGAAAACGAUGGCAUGAAACAGAACCUUAUUGUCUCCGUUAAGGAUAACGGCCAGCCCCCUCUGUCAGCAACGUGUACAGUGUAUUUACUUAUUUCAGAUAAUUUAGCGGAGAUCCCUGAGCUGAAAGACAUGUCUCAAGGCACUGGAUCUAAGCUAACCACUUAUUUGAUCAUUGCACUGGUGUCUGUUUCUACUUUUUUCCUCACCUUUGUUAUUAUUAUCCUGGCUGUGAAGUUUUGCAACAGGAGAAAACCUAGACUUUUGUUUGACGGUGCAGUCGCCAUUCCCAGCGCUUACCUCCCUCCAAAUUACGCAGAUGUGGACGGCACUGGAACUCUUCGCAGCGUCCGUAGUGCUUAUAAUUACGACGCGUAUUUGACAACAGGAUCGCGCACCAGUGACUUUAAAUUCGUGAGAUCUUAUAAUGAUGGCACCCUUCCUGCUGAUUUUACACUGCGAAAGGCAUCCUCUCAAGACCCGUUUGGAUCAUGUGAAGAAACAGAUUCUUCCCAGGUAAAAUACAUCAGAACACAUUUCUUUCAUAUUUCCUUGUGA